AUGGACCCAUCUUUAGGCCUUGGUGGUGGCAGCAGCAGGUCAAGUGUGACUGUCCUUGGGCCCCUGGUUGGCAUUAUGGACACUUAUGUUAACAGGUCUUGUAAGAUCUGGUGCCACAGGUUGUCCCAGCUACAAAACAUCCUUUAGUACUUACUGAAGGGAGGAAUCAGAUGUUGGGUGCUUCAACAGCCUAACUUCAAGAGAUUAUUUCCAUUAGCCAUCCAUUGGCACCACACAAUUUCCAAGGCUCAGAAUUGUGCUUGGCAGCAACAUGAAGAUCAUUUUGAUAAGAGAUGUGUGGGGAUAGAUACGUUUAAAACAUUAAUUCAGACUUCUCAGGUGGGAAGACUGCUAGUAGAUGGAUUCUAUGCAGCAAAACAAGUACUUCAAAAGGUGCCUGAGGAAUUUUAACUCCUCAAAGUGGCUUUGAAGCAUUAAUAUAUUAAAAAUGUUGGAGAAUGUCACAACCACAUGAUUAGGGUUAGGCCAGUCUUAAAUAUCUACCCAUGGAAUAAAGAGAUGUAUUUAACCUGGUACAACAAUUAUGACCUGGCUGUCAUCAAUACCAUAUGUUAUGAUGUCAUCCAUCAUUGAUAUACAGCACACCAGACUCUGACAAUAGCUUUGAGGAGACCUGAGAAUGAAUUGUGGUCCAAAAUAAAGGUUGGCAGGGUCCUAUUUAUAGAAAAUAAUAGGCAUGUCCUACAUGGCAGAGAAUGCUUUACUGGCUACUGCCAACUCUGUGGCUGCACUUUAACAAGAGAUGAUGUAUCAAACAAUGCUUGUUUCUUGGGGCUUCAGGUUUAA